AUGCCUGAACCCCGGCGCAUGCCCCGUCGAACAUGGACAGACGAUAGUGGCGAUAUCAAUAGCGCGAAUUCUACAAGUACUCUCUUCUUAGGCCACGGCAAACGAACAAAAUCAUGGAUGUCGGCUCGCUCUGGGGACAGCCCGUCCUGCCCACAGCAACCUUCCAAGUUUAAGAAGCCAGCUUCGUUGCGCAAGCUUGAUGUCCACAGUACGAGAACCAGCAUUUCCGGUGGGCGCGUCAACAUCACUCGUGGGGACUGGAGUUCUUCUACCGACGACGAAGUCAAUGUCAGCAUUAGUAAAUUAGGUACGGAAGGUUCCUCACCUGCUCGACACAUGGUGAAUGGUACUCUACAAACCGCAAAUUCUAUCGAAGAAGUUGGGCCUGUGGUCUAUCGCGACAUGGACCCCAGCCAUGCAGAUUCUGCUCCUGUGCCAAAUUUCCCGUCAAACACUCCACAACGGUCUGCUUCGAUGUUGGUGACUUCAGCUGCAUCCAUCCACGAUCAUGAUUUGGAUGGCACGGCCGCAUCUCCGCAACCUCCGCUUUCUCGACCGCAAGACCCUCUCAAAUCUCCUAUCGCCACCGGGUCCAUGAUAAUGGCGGAGCGGGGGCAUGACGACCACCCUUCGGAAAGUACCACACAAGUCUCGUCUAGUACGCUCAUGACCGUAUCCCAGUCGACCGAGCAACCACAACAAAUGGAUUCCACUGACACCAUUCAUCUCUUAGGCUCAGCAGCCCCGCAAACCGAACCUCUAGAAUCGAAUGUGGCAGCUGCAGACGAGUCUGCCCAACAGCACAACGCAGCACCGCAAUCCUCUCCUUGCAUCUUGAUGACUUUGAUGGAACCCAAAACCGGUCAUGGUCUGCGAUUGAAGCAGAUAGUCGAUGAUCUAGGCUUGCGUGAUGUGCAGACGCAGCUGGAUGUGGGAAGAGUCAACUUCUUGAUGGAGGCGGCUGAGAUGCAAGACAUGGACGUGUUUCUCUUGCAUCAGCUCUACAUGAUAUGGACGCUUCGCCCAAGGGAAAUUUCUGAGGCACUUCAUUUUGGUCCAAGCAGUCUGCAAGGCAUGUCUACCCUGACCUACAUCUUGGGAGCGAACGAGUCUUUGACACCGCGACUUGCAAACGCCCUUCUAGACUUUCCCGAACCCUGGCAGGUUGUUCUAAAGCCCGAAUUCUUCAGUCACGUCACCCGUAUGCAGAACACGGUAACAUUGCUCCAUCAGAAUUGGCAAGCAGUGCUGCAGAUGUGCCUCAAGAGAGGCUUCCCACCGUCACCGAUCGAGGUUUGUCUGCACUUCGAUCUGCCUUCACCACGGAUGCAGUUGGCUUGUUUCACUGCUCUCUGUCACCAUUUGCGCUUCUUUUCAGACAAUCAUCAUCAAAGUGCAGUUGUUUCCUGCUUUACUACUUUCCAACAAAAGCGACCGGCCAGUUCAGUUCCAAGAGACAUCGAUUUUGCCGAGUGGGUACAAGCGCUUCCUUUACCAUCUUCAGCUUCGACGAACACGAUGCGACGCAAUUCCGCGAUUCCAGACAUGGAUCCGAAUGCUCAAAUCCAUCCCCAACAAGUAAGAGGGGCGCUACAGCCUCCCAGGCCAGCCAGCAUUCAUCCGAACCCUCGCCACUCUCAGGUUCCUACAUUCAACAACCGCACACCCCACUUUCCACCACCACAGCUUGGCAAUGCAAAUCCUUCUGAGCGACCCUCGCCAGUUCUCAUGCAUCAGCAUCGCAAUGGUGGCUUCGUUGGCUCCCAUCAAGUACCCAGACCUGGACAACGCCCUCAGGCCAUACCGCCUCAAUUCCAGCAAUACCAGAACAAUGCACAACCUCUAGCAUAUUGCGUCCCCAGGCAGCGACAGCAAUUUGUGCAGCAGCCACAAAGCCAGGUCGGAACUAACCUGGACCAUCUUUCGAUACACCCACUAGGGUGGGCCCCCACGCCGAAACAUGUACAAGGACUCCCUGGCUUACCACAGGCUUUGAUUGCCCCACAUAUGCAAACACAAUAUCAGCCAUCUGCCCCAGCUACCACUUUGUUGCCGCCACCUAACUGGCAGAUGCCACAGGCUGUUCAUCCGCGGUCAGAUCGAGUUGCCCUGCAUCAGGCCCAUCUCCGCAGUCCCGUUGCACGCAUUGUGGAUGCAAACAAUAAAGCGGCCACGGACUUGAUUCUUUAUGAAUCCGUGAAGAGAUUAAUUCUCCCUCCUCAGCCGCUUGGACACAAUAACAGAUUCGCAUUCUGGUCAAUUGACAUUUCGAACGAAGAGAUGGAUCGCAAGCUGGUCUAUGCGCCCCCAUCUCAUUCUACUCUCAUGACGGGUUCACACCUUUUCAAGCAAGGUUCUCUACGCUGGCGCCUGAAAUGUGUUGCGCGUGAGGCUACCGAGACCUCGACACCUGACGAAGCAGAAUUCUGCUCUAGGCCCGUCAGUUGGCCAGAGCACCUCUUCGUCAGUUUCAACCAGCUGGACGAUGUUCUUUUGCGGCGUAAGCAACAUUAUGGCCGGGAUCUCCCAGCAGACCUGACCUCAUAUGUUCAAGUUGGCGCCAAUAUCUUAACACUCUCAUUUGAUGAGACGUCCAAGGAGGAGAGUGAAAAAAAAGUGCACUGGAUUGCCAUCGAAGAGAUAGAGCUUGUCGAGGAUGACCAACUACGAAGAUCGAUCGACAAGAUUCCACCCGACAUCUCUCUGAGCCGCACACUCGCUUGCAUGAAAGGUAACGAAGGCGACGAUGACGAUGUUGCCAUUACCAAUCCCACCCUCUCCAUUGAAGUCGCCGAUCCUUUCACUGCUGUAAUUUGGAAGACUCCUGUACGAGGCAAGACUUGCAAGCACAGAGAAUGCUUUGAUCUUGACACGUUCCUCUCCUCACGACCUAAAUCGCAGCUCGCUGGGCCAGCGGGUGCUGAUGACUGGAGAUGUCCACACUGCCAAAAGGACGCCCGACCCCAGUCUCUUAUCAUUGACGGGUUUCUCGAAAAUGUCCGUGAGACCCUGGAACAGCAAGGCUUACUGGAUGUCAAGGCAAUCGUCAUCAAAGAAAAUGGCCAGUGGGAGGCGAAGCAACAACAUCAGGAUGGAAGGGCCAAGUCUGCUAUGCCUUCAGCCCCGGCCAAUGGCGAAGGAGCUUUGCGGCCAGAGUCGACUGUUGAGCGUGGUCAUACAGUCUCUGUGCCACCGAACAUCGCAUCGCCUGUAGACGUGGGAAUGGUCGAUGAUGAGUAG